AUGAAAUUGCCUGAUUGUACUUGUUCCGCUGCGAAAGAGUAUGCUAACUUGCAUGAAGUUGAGAUGUUGCAUCAGUUUUUUCUUGGUUUGGAGCCAAAGAAGUUUGGUUCAACUUUGUUGAUGAGUGAUCCUUUGCCGUCUAUGAAUGCUGCUUAUGCUAAGGUUGUUGCUGAUGAGCGUAAGCAGUCUGUGUCUGAGGCUCAUGAGGCUUCUACAUCUGCGACUAUUGGUUUUAAUGCAACAGGGGUUACGCUGGAUGCUGCGCGCAACCUGCACAGAGAUGGAGUUAUUUAUCGUCAUAGAACUUCCGGUCAGGACAGGGGACCAAAAGUAGAUGUCUACAACUAUAAUCUACACGAGUUUCCUGAUGGGGGUCGUGGUGGUCGUGGUAGUUGUGGAGGUCGUGGUGGUCGGUCGUUUGGCAAAGGCAAGGGUGAGUUUGCUGGUGCUGUUGGUAGCUCUCGAGGUUCUAAUGAGCAGGUUUCUGAUUCUGAUCGUGGGAGUGUUCCGAUGAUUUCUGAUGCUCAAUGGAUGGAAAUCAUGGCUGUGGUAAAGGGGUCAAAGUCGGGCUCUUCGUCGGAUGGAAACAAACUUGGUACGUAUAAUUCUAUUGAGUGGCUCAUUGACACUGGAGCUUCAAAUCAUAUGUCUUGUAAUAUUGAUCUUUUCACUGAUUUGCAUGAUAUAUCUUCGCCUGUUGGUUAUCCCAAUGGAAAGAGCACGACAACUACGAAAGAAGGAAAAGUUAUUUUGUCUGAUGGUUUAACUCUUUAUAAUGUUUUAUAUGUUCCUGCUCUUAAAUGCAACUUGUUAUCUGACCGCAGUUUGAAGAACCUGAUUAGAGCGGGGGAGCAGUAUGAUGGGGUCUAUAUUUUCCAUCUAGUUCGUGCUCAGAAUCUGCAGGCGAACAAAGUGUUGAUCCGUGAGUUUUGUGCUAUGGCUAAGACUCAAUUUGGCCGGAAAGUGAAGGUGGUUCGUAGUGAUAAUGGCCAAGAGUUUCUCAGUUUGAGGUCUUUCUUUGCUAAGAAGGGCUUUCUGCAUCAAACGUCGUGUGUUAACACGGCUCAGCAAAAUAGCAGAGGUGAACGCAAACAUCGUCAUAUUUUAAAUGUGGCUCGUGCUCUUCGGUUUCAAGCAAAGUUGCCCAAGUAUUUUUGGGGUGAGUGUGUUAUGACUGUUGUUCAUUUGAUUAAUAAGACACCUACUCCUGUUCUAAAUGGAAAAACUCGGCAUGAGUGUUUAUUUGGUCAAAAACCGUCUUAUGACAGUCUUCGAGUUUUUGGUUGUCUGUGGUAUGCUGCAAAUUGUCCUCGAGUGAAGGAUAAGCUUGACUCUCGGUCUCGUAAAUGCAUAUUUUUUUGGUUAUCUGAAUGGCAAAAAAGGGACCAGCAGCAUACUGCCUCUGCUCUGCCCGCUAGAAAUCAAGCAGCCGUAGGCCAGCAGCAUAGCACAUCGCAGCCUGCAGCCAAGCAGCCCAGCAGCAGCGUGAGCAGUCCGCAUUUGCUUGGGGGCUUGCCACAUCGUUUGUCUAGCGAUGGUGAUUUGGUUGGUGCCUUGGGUUCUCGCUAUAGUAGUGUGAUUGAGCAAGAAAUUCUCGAUGAAAAUGUUGUUAUUACGCCGUUGAAUUUGAGGGGGAGUUCUUCUUCGUCGGAGGAGGAACUUGGUCCUGGUCAUCUUGAGAAACGUCAACCUUCGUGGCAUCGCCAUUAUGUCACAAAUACUGUUAUCACUGAAAAUAUAAACCCCACUACAUCAACUGUCGUCCCUCCUCAAUCUUGUUCUUGA